GCAUCGUGCGAGGGAGGAGGACCUUACCUCACCUAUCCACCGAACCACAGAUCGCACCUAUAGCCUCCUCCCCCCACGGCGACGAGUAGACGACCACGUCUGUCCAUCCAUUAUCACGUUGACUGCGUCAGCACCAUCUAUCCUAAUUGCCAUAGCUCAUUCAGACCCAAUCCUAGCAUUAGCUCACACCUACACUGUUUGAGUGGCUCCUUGCGUAGCUAGACUUGUCAUAUUUCAUAAAUACAAGGGAUAUUAUCGUCAUUUUAGUCCUCCGCCAUCCCGUUAGCAUAGAUCCUUCUCUCUGCUGUCCCAAAACUCUCUGCUUCUGCUUCUGGAUCUUAAUCCUUCAUCUCCAUCUUCUUCUUCGGGAGACCUGAUGGAGCCGGUGAACGAGGGACCAGCCAGAGGAUGCCACGUGGUGGCGAUGCCCCACCCAGGAAGAGGCCACAUCAAUCCCAUGAUGAGCUUCUGCAAGCUACUGGUUGCUCGGCGGCCAGACAUUCAGGUGACCUUCGUGGUGACGGAGGAGUGGCACGGCUUCAUCGGCUCCCAGCCGAAGCCCCCCAACAUCCGCUUCGGCUGCAUCCCCAACGUCAUACCCUCCGAGAUAGGCCGCGCCGCCAACUUCCCCGGCUUCGUGGAAGCCGUCAUGACCAAGCUGGAAGCCCCCUUCGAGCAGCUCCUCGACCGGCUCCACCCGCCUGCCACCCUCAUCUUGAACGACACCUACCUUUUUUGGGCCGUCCGGGUGGGGAACCGGAGGAAUAUUCCGGUGGCAUCGUUCUGGACGCAGUCGGCGUUGGUGUUCUCGACCUUUUUUCACUUUGAUUUGCUCUCUCAGAACGGCCACUUCCCCGUUGAUUUGCCAGAGGUCGGAGAUGAGCGCGUGGACUACUUACCCGGAAUUUCUCCGACGCGCAUAGCGGACCUCCCAACAAUACUUGAAGGUGACGGGGAUUGGCUCCUACCUCUGGUCUUGGAGGUAAUGACUUGGGUACCCAAAUCACAGUACGUACUCUUCACUUCUGUUUACGAGCUCGAAGCUCGUGUCUUUGAUGCACUGAAACCCAAACUCCGAUUCCCCAUUUACCCAAUCGGUCCCAUCAUUCCCCAUUUUGAACCUCCACACAACCCUACAAAUUCCGAUUCCGAUUCCGAUUCCAAUUCCAAUUCCACCCAAAAUGAGGCAAACAUUUUCCAAUGGUUGGAUUCCCAACCUAAAGACUCCGUCUUGUACGUCUCAUUAGGGAGCUUUCUCUCAGUGUCUGAUGCUCAACUAGAAGAAAUCGCAGCAGGGUUGCGAGACAGCGGAGUUCGAUUCUUGUGGGUGGCGCGUUGGGAAACGUCACGAUUCAAAGAUGGGUGUGGUAGUAUGGGGCUUGUGGUGCCAUGGUGUGACCAAUUGAAGGUGCUGUCUCAUUCCUCGAUCGGAGGGUUUUGGACCCAUUGCGGCUGGAAUUCAACUUUAGAGGGUUGCUUUGCAGGCGUCCCGAUGCUCACAUGCCCCAUAUUUGGGGAUCAGCCACCGAAUAGUAAACUCAUCGUGGAAGAUUGGGGCAUUGGACGAAGGGUGGUGGAGAGGGUUGUGGGGAAGCAGAGUUUCGUUAAGAAAGAGGAAAUUGCACAGCUCGUGCGAGGGUUUUUGGAUCUGGAUAGCAAAGAAGGAGAAGAAAUGAGAAAAAGAGCAAGAGAAGUUCGAGAAAUUUGCCGACGAGCAAUCGAAAAAGACGGAUCAUCCGAAAUCAAUAUUGAUGCUUUUAUUAGGGACAUUACCAAAACUUAGUAUGAUUGAAUAAUUUUUUGUGUUUCCCUUUCAAUCAUUCAACUUUUUUAUUCAAGAUUAUUAUGCUAUGUAUGCUUCCAAAAAUAUAAUGAACUUAAGCUUUACUUUAA